AUGGGAGUUAGUGGAAGUAAGUUAUGGAAAUGGGUUGGUGGUGGUGGUAGUGGCAGUGCUUACAACAGCAUGGAAGGUCCUCUAUUGGCUCCUAGAGGUUAUGUUCCAAUUUAUGUUGGCACAAAUGAAGGUACUUGCAGGAGAUUUAUGGUUCACAUCAAAGCACUUGGUGAUGCAGAUUUCAGCCAGAUGCUUGGUAGGUCUGCAGAGGAAUAUGGGUUUAGGAAUGAAGGAGUUCUUAGGAUCCCAUUUGAAGCACAAGAUUUUGAAGAGUGGUUGAUUAGAAGGUCCAACCAAAAGACUAAGAGGAGGGUAAAACCAACUUGA